CUUUGAUCAGCUGACUUGAUUUGUAAACUGUUCCUUAUUUCCUGUCUGGCAUGAAUGGAAAUAAUCUCCGUAGCUGUUCUUUUUAUCAGAUAAUUGAUGGCCAAGUCAAAAUCUGAUUACAUGACAUGGUAGAUAAGUGGAGAUCUGGGUCAGAAUGUGCCUUCUUUGCUUCUUUCCAUCUGCUGCUGUUCUGCAUUUGAAAGAAACUUAAAAAAAGGAAGAAGCUUGAGAGACAGAUGUUAAACUACGUUUAGUCUAACAACAUUCUGAUAAAACACAAGAUGAAUUCUGAAUUAAAAAAACAGUUGAACAUCAUUGUUUUAGGAAUAGCAUUCAUGUUUAUGUUCACUGCUUUCCAAACAUGUGGAAAUAUAGCGCAAACCGUUAUUACAAAUUUAAACCAUACUGAUUUUCAUGGGAGUGGCUAUACAAGUAUGGCUGUUAUUUAUGGAGUGUUUUCAGCAUCAAAUAUAAUUUCACCUUCAGUGGUUGCAGUCAUAGGACCACAACUUUCCAUGUUCAUUAGUGGUAUCUUCUAUAGCUUAUAUAUUGCCAUUUUUAUCCAGCCUAUUACUUGGAGUUUCUACACAGCCUCAGUUUUCCUUGGAAUAGCAGCUGCUGUACUGUGGACUGCUCAAGGAAAUUGCCUAACAAUAAAUUCAAAUGAAAACACAAUUGGCAGAAACAGUGGAAUUUUCUGGGCAUUAUUGCAAUUCAGCUUGUUUUUUGGAAAUCUCUACAUAUAUUUUGCCUGGCAAGGGAAAACUUACAUAUCAGAAAGCGAUCGUAGGACUGUCUUCAUCUCUCUGACAGUGAUCAGUCUAGUGGGCACCGUUUUGUUUUUUCUCAUUAGAACUCCAGAAGAAACGAAUUCAGAAGAAGAGGAAACCACUGCUGAAAAUACUGUAGCUAGCAUGUCUGGCCAAAGCAAAAUAUCAAGGGCCAUGGAUGCAAUAAAAAGAUCGUUCAAGUUGUGUGCUACAAAGCAGAUUUUGCUACUUAGUGUCACAACAGCCUAUACAGGGCUGGAAUUAACAUUCUUCUCUGGAGUAUAUGGAACUUGUAUAGGUGCUAUAAAGAAAUUUGGCGCCGAAGAAAAAAGUCUUAUCGGACUCUCUGGUAUUUUCAUUGGCAUUGGAGAGAUAUUAGGUGGAGGAAUCUUUGGCCUCCUAAGUAAGAAUAACAGAUUUGGCAGGAAUCCAGUGGUGAUGUUGGGCAUCGUGGUCCAUUUCAUAGCUUUCUAUUUGAUUUUUUGUAAUAUACCAAAUGAUGCACCUAUUGCCUCUAUGGAAGGAACAGAUAACAUUGCAUUCAUGGAACCAAGCAAAGAACUGGCCAUUUUUUGCAGUUUCUUACUGGGCUUUGGAGAUAGCUGUUUCAACACUCAACUCCUUAGUAUUUUGGGAUUCUUGUAUUCUGAAGACAGUGCACCUGCCUUUGCAAUAUUUAAAUUCAUUCAGUCUGUCUGUGCAGCUGUGGCUUUCUUCUACAGCAACUAUUUGUUUCUUCAGUGGCAACUUCUAAUAAUGGCAAUCGUUGGAUUUUUUGGGACAAUUACGUUUUUCACAGUGGAAUGGGAAACAGCAGCCAAAAGUAUAGGUUAUCACAACAUUUGAUAAGUGCAGUGUGGUCAUCCUGAGGCAGUAGUCACCUUUCCAAACCACAAGUUGAUUGGAAAUACAGAUAUAUUUAAAACCACAAUUCUAAAUGAUUUUAUUCCCUUAUCAAUCAGUAGUGAUGGAGAUCACAGACUACAAUGUGGGGGGGAAAAAAAACCUGUAGAGAGGACAGAGAGGCACUCUUUUUUUAAUCAGGUCUACUUGAGUUUUAAGAAUAGACAUUAUGGAAAUUCUACUAUUGCUGUUCUUUUGAUACACACAUGGUUAUUCGAACCCUAAUCAAAUUCACUGAGACUUGAAAUAACGUAUAGGAUUGCAACCUUACCAUAUGUAUUUUUUUCUGUAAAAUUCAUCGUUGUACAUUUCUAGUAAGAGCAUAUGGAAAAUGGAAAGUGAAUUCUUAACUGAAAUAAACCCAUUGUAUUUUACAUGUU